AUGACUCUUAUAAACGUACAUAUUGUUCUUAUCAUUUAUCUAUUAUUAGUUCCUAAAAUAGAUUCUUCAAUUGAAUAUGAAUCAAGUGAUAUUAAUCAUGAAAAAGAAAAAUAUUUUCAUAAAGAAAAUGAUCUAUAUAUCGAGUCAUCUAAAUGGGAUAAAUAUAUCAAGUUAAUAGAGAAAGCUGAAAAAAAUCAUAUAAAUCAAACAAAUGAUAAUAAUCAAACUAUAUUUCAUAAUCGAAUUAAUUUAGAUUUUUCCUAUUGGAAAAAUCAAUCAAUAGAUGAAAUUCAAAAACAAUUAAAUAAUAUUGAAACAAUUGCUAAAACUCAUCGUCUUACACUUUAUCAAAUAAUUAAUCAUCGUUUAUAUCGUCAAACAGAUGAUCAAUUAAUAUUUCCAGCACGUAAUUAUGGUAUAGAACAUUUUCUAUUAAAUAUUAUUGAUUUUUUACCUAAUAUGGAAUUUUUAAUUAAUACAUAUGAUUGGCCACAAAGUCAAACUAAUAUUCCAAUAUUAUCAUUUAGUAAAUCUUUACAUUCUCAUGAUACAGAUAUACUUUAUCCAGCAUGGUCAUUUUGGGAUGGUGGACCAGCAUUAGGUAGUAUUUAUCCAACUGGUAUUGGUCGUUGGGAUAUAAUGCGACAAACAUUAAAUAAAGCACGACAAAAUAUUCCUUGGUCAAAAAAAGAAUCUCGUGGAUUUUUUCGUGGUUCAAGAACAUCAUCAGAACGUGAUCCAUUAAUAUUAUUAUCUCGUAAUCAUCCAGAAUUACUUGAUGCACAAUAUACAAAAAAUCAAGCAUGGAAAUCUGAUCAAGAUACAUUAGGUUAUAGACCAGCAAAUGAAUUAAAACAUGAAGAAUUUUGUCAAUAUAAAUAUUUAUUUAAUUUUCGUGGUGUUGCAGCAUCAUUUCGUUUACGUCAUUUAUUUUUAUGUGGUUCACUUGUUAUACAUGUUGGUUCAGAUUGGAUUGAAUUUUUUUAUGAUUAUCUUGAACCUUGGUAUCAUUAUAUUCCAAUAACAAUUGAUUUAUAUGAUGUUGAAAAUUUAUUAUUAUUUAUACAAAAUAAUGAUUAUUUAGUUAGAAAAAUUGCACGACAAGGACGUGAUUUUAUUUGGAAUAAUUUAACUAUGGAAAAUAUUGAACAUUAUUGGAAAGAACUUUUAUUAGAAUAUUAUAAAUUAUUUGAAAAUAAUCAACGACAAAUUGUAAAAAAAUCAAAAUUUAUUCAAGUACAUCGACGAGCUAAACCUUAA